AUGAGCUGUACACAAUUUACCAAACAGCUAACGCACUGUAAAAUCAGCGUUUUAAAUGAUAUAGCUAUACUCUGUGGAGCACCAAUACUCUCCUCUUCCAAGGCAUCUAGAGUCGAAGGUAUAUUAUCCCAAUUGAAUUUCUACAAAUCUCAAUAUGCAAACCUACACAAGAGAUCAACACUAGCCAUUGAUUUGGGUAUAAAAAAUUUCAGUUUCUGUAAAUCAACAGGCUCGAAAUUCCCCAUACGCAUAACAAAGUGGGAUAAAAUUGAUUUGCACGAUAAAUAUGGCCUGAGCUAUAUCCCAUUAAUUCAUGAAAAUACCGUUUUCGACAGACGAAGGUAUUUGAAUCAUAUUGCAAACGCGUUGGUUGAUGAUUUAGAUAUCAUCUCUACAAAUGUUAAGAUUAUGGAAUCACAGCGUACUAGGUCUCAAUUCGCACCAGCAACAUUACCUCAUGUCCUAUUAUUACAUGAUUUGGAAAUACUCAUCAUGAGUAAAGUAUACCCAGAGUCAAUCUUACCUCAGUCGUCUAAGCAAAUGAUGGAUUUUUGGCUAUAUAGGUAUAUCACAAAGGAAUCACGUAUGAAAUUGAAAAAGAACAACAAGAUUGUAAGAACCGAUCUUGCAAAGAUAUGGUUUGAUAAAUUGUAUUCAAUUGUAGAUUACAAAGAUUCAGAAAAAUUUGAAAAAUCCACCAUAUUAAAGUUUCUAAACCUCGAUCCUAAAUUGGACAAGGCCGAUGAUUUGAUCGACAGUUUGCUUUAUAAUUUGUUUGUUAAUUGUCAAUUGAAUAAUUUGGCUGAUUUAGUAGGGGUUUUGGGAAAAGGUGACGAUUUACAAGAGUUUGUUAAUGAGAAAUCUAUUUUUCAUAGAGAUUUGAUCAAACCCGUGGUUGACCAAUAUAGAAUGGAGUAUAAAUCAGAAAAGGGCAAAUAG